AUGUUAUUUAUCGAGUGCAGAGGGACGCCGUACGAGAUUGGCGUGCAGCACGGUCGUGCAGCACAACUCCAAAUCGACCGCUGCAUUGCGUUCUACGCGAACCUGUUCCUGCAGAACUGCAAGCUAGAAUGGCCGCAGGUCCUACAGCGCGCUUCCGAAUUUGAACAACAGGCCAAGGCGAAAUGGCCGGCGUUCCACGAAGAGAUACAGGGCAUUGCCGACGGUGCGGGGAAGGACUUGUUGGACAUCGUGGCCAUCAACGUGCGGACUGAAAUCAACUUUGGUCUGUUUAGUGACGGCUGCACGGCGCUGUCGUGGCAGACGGAGGAGCGAUCUUGGCUCGGCCAGAAUUGGGAUUGGAUGACAGCGCAAAAGCAGAAUAUCGUCAUCACCAAAAUCACACAGGCCGGCAAGCCAACCGUGCUUCAGGUCACGGAGGCCGGCAUGAUAGGCAAGAUUGGCUUCAACAGCGCGGGCCUGGGCGUCCUGUUCAACGCCAUCAGAAUUCACGGCGCCGACGCGACGCGACUCCCCGCACACUUCGGGCUGCGGAUGGCACUCGAGAGCAACUCUGUUGCGGACGCGGUGCAGAAGCUAGAGAGCCACGGCAUGGCGUCGUCCGCGCACAUCCUGCUUGGCGACGCGAAUACCGCUCUGGGUCUGGAGUUCACCAAGUCGACGUUCGCGCACUGCGAGCCAGAUUCUGCCGGCCGCAUUGUGCACGCGAAUCACCUCCUGAAGCACCACCCUGGCGAGACGGAUACCGUCUGGCUGAAAGACUCGCUGGUGCGCGUGCCCACCAUGACGGCCAACGCUGGCUCCCUCGGCGCUGAGCCUAGCUGGGAAGCAGUGAGUGCGCUGUUCGAAGAUGAGCAGAAUGCGCCAGGUGCUAUUUGUAGGACGGAGACGGCGGAGACGGGGAGUGCGACGCUGUUCAAUAUCGUCAUGGAUUUGAAGAGCAAGAGAGCCGUUGUCAGAUUGGGUAGGCCGACUGAAGUCGAGGAGACUGUCGAGCUACAGUUAUAG